GGUUGGCAGUCAAUGGAGUCAAGCAGUUACAACGACGUGAUUACAUUCAUAACAAAACAAAGUAUCAUUCGGCAGGGCCACAAUCUGGAUGUGGGAAUUAGUUCUUUGGGAUGAUAGAUGGUCCUUUUUUUAGUAGUCGUUAUUUUUUGCAACUGAAGAUUUUUUUUAGCGUUGGAGUUUUGAUCGCGUCCGUGUGCUUGAUUUAAGCCUUGCGCUGGCAAAGGCCCCGUUUUUUUUGUGAUAGAGACAUUACGGGCCUCUAUUCAGUAUUAGGUGUUGUAGAGGAAGAGUGGUUUUUAAAAAUUGAUACCGACAUGGCAGACCAGAAUUCUGCGGUCGUGCAACAGAGUUUCGACAGAUGACGGUGAUGUACUUGUGAAAUGUACAUGUGCGGGCCUAUUGAGGACAUUGCGUACUGAACAUGAAAGUAAAGAGCUGCUGGGUGUGCUUCGCCACGGACGAGGAUGACCGCACGGCGGAGUGGGUCAGGCCCUGUCGGUGCCGCGGCUCCACCAAGUGGGUCCACCAGGCCUGCCUUCAGCGCUGGGUGGACGAGAAGCAGAGGGGCAACAGCACUGCCCGUGUCGCCUGCCCGCAGUGCAAUGCAGAAUACCUCAUAGUGUUCCCAAAACUCGGUCCAGUGGUGUACGUUCUAGACCUGGCAGACCGGCUGAUCUCCAAGGCCUGUCCGUUCGCUGCCGCAGGAAUCAUGGUGGGGUCGAUCUACUGGACCGCAGUCACGUACGGGGCCGUCACUGUCAUGCAGGUUGUGGGACACAAAGAAGGCUUGGAUGUGAUGGAGAGGGCGGACCCUCUGUUCCUCCUGAUCGGCCUUCCCACAAUCCCCGUCAUGCUGAUCCUGGGCAAAAUGAUCCGCUGGGAAGACUAUGUGCUUAGGCUGUGGCGCAAGUACUCCAACAAACUGCAGAUUUUAAACAGUAUUUUUCCAGGCAUCGGCUGUCCUGUUCCUCGGAUCCCAGCUGAGGCUAGCCCACUAGCAGAUCAUGUCUCUGCCACUCGCAUCCUCUGUGGGGCUCUAGUGUUUCCAACAAUCGCCACUAUUGUGGGAAAGCUGAUGUUCAGUAGUGUCAACUCUAAUCUACAAAGGACUAUUCUGGGUGGAAUCGCUUUUGUUGCCAUUAAAGGAGCUUUCAAGGUGUACUUCAAACAGCAACAGUACUUGCGCCAGGCUCACCGCAAAAUCCUCAAUUACCCAGAGCAGGAGGAGGCCUGAAGUCUCCAUCUGAACCAGUGAACUGUGACUGCUGUACAAUAGACUUCAUCUACUAAAUUAGACCGUGCUAUAUUGGUUCUAUCAAGUAAUAUUUUUGUUGUAUGGAAUUAUUGUACACUGCUGGUACUUUAUUUUUUUACAAACAUAAUAAAGGCAUUUGAAAUGCAAAAUCUCUGGGAGGGGGAACUGCAGCAUGCUCGCCCUUGUUCCAGGAAAUGUGAUUUUCUUUCAGUACUUUGUAGCACGUUUUGAAAAGCUGUCUGCAGACAUUGUAGCCGCAAAUGUGAGGUACGGGAGAAAGCGCUUUAUGUGACUGACUCAGUGUUUUGUUUUUAAUAAUCAGCAUGUAUAGCGUUUUAAGGGAUAGAUAACAGGGAUGUAAAAGAGAUGUGAAGCAUUAACUCCGCAAAACUGCUUUUACAAGAUUGCAAGUUUUUUUUUUUGCUGUGAGCUCAGUUUUGGAGCUAGAUUUUAAGUAUCUCUGUCAGUAUAUAUGGGAUUGCUAUAGCCCACAGUGGUCUAGGAAAUCAUAUCUCCUCCUUCUGUAAAGCUGUCUUUUUUGUUGUUGCUUAAAACAGAAGUUAUUGUUCCCCCUCCCCAUUCCCUCUCUGAUGUUUCUUUUGUUCAGUGCACUUUCUUAACAUUUAGAAAGAAACAUUUAGAAUGAAGGCAGUAUAAUUUGAUGGGAACAAUACAUACAAGUAUGACUAAAAUGCAAUUUUGUGGAAAUGAUUCUAUUUAUCUAACAAAAAAUAUAACUAGAUGAUAUGGAGUGUGGUAAAUAAAAAACUGGUGUGGUACUGAGAAUAUAAAUUCUGGUUCAGGCAGCCCUCUCCCCCAAUAAAUCAUAAAAUGUAAACACAAGCUAAAAAGUAUACUGAUUAAUCUAGUACCUGAAGAAACUACACAUUGUUUAGUUCAACACAACAAAAUAGCUAUGUAGUGUCAGAAAUAUCGUGAUUUACUCAUGAUUAAAACAUGAAGCCUUGAAGAUUCAGCCUAGUUCCAAAGACGUGAGGCGAGUAGUUCCUUGCACGUAUGCCUUUGACUCGGUUUCUCUUGGAAGUGUGAAUAUUCAUCACAUUUAAUUUUAAAACCUCCUCUUUCAUGUUCUGUAAAAAAAACUUUUUUGUGUGCAGUUCUUCUGAAACCUGAAGGAUCAAGCAUGGAGUUAUUUUUCUUUGCACACAUAAUGACACUUAAUAAUCAGGUAUAAAAUGAAUAAAUAAAAAAUAAAUUAGACAUAAGGUAAGAUGAGGAUGUAUACUGUACAUACAGUGCCAGCUCUUAGGGUUUUGUUGUUAUCUGAGAGAAAAAGAGCUCUUGUUAUUAAUUCAGACACUCAAUUAUGGAGCUUAUAAAUUGAUUUUUAGAUAUUUGUCCUGUCAGCUAUACUGGAAUUGCAAUGUUUGCUUUUAAAGACACAGUAUACGUAAACCAGUAACAGCAAAACAAAAGCUUGUCUUGGCAGAAUCUUUUGCUUGCGUAGAAACUGUGCGCUUGUACUAUUAGUACUGUUACUGUGACCUAAACAUUUUCAUUGUAUUGUGUGCAGAGUAGCCAUUGAAAACUUCCAUUAAAACUUCGGCUCUCUUUUGCAAAUGUUGAUGUGAAGUUAACUUGUAAUAGAGAUUAUAUCGAGCCAAAUGCGGAAAUAAUCACUGUAAGACAACACAGAAGCCAAGUUUGUUGGGUCAAUGACUGUUAAAUCUAAAGGCAACCAAAAAAAUACAUUUCAGGCUUUUGUGGCCAGGUGUCGAGUGACUAAUGUACAGCUGGACCAUUUCCUACCACCAAGAUACGUGUCAGCAACACUUUAAAAUAAGCCACAAAAGAUUAAUGCUAUGGCAUUUUUGUUAUUGUAAAGUAUAUAUAAAUGCCAAAUGAUGAAUAGUUACAUUGUAAAAAUCUGUAUGCAUUGUACAGUAUAUUGCUUCUGACUUUAUAGUUUCAUGGUUGAUAAUUGUGAAUAAAUGUAUUUUUUCACUGCUU